AUGUUUAGUGUCAUAACAGACGGACCUGCCGGGUGCGUGCCCCCCUCGGCCCGCGCUCAUCAUCUCUUUCUGGUGGCCGAGAAGGGGUGGCCGGAUGACAUGAUGUUCCCGUCCUUUUCCCCUCCCCCGUCCACCCCUCUCUUCCUCGUGCUCCUCCGGCUCGUCCUCCUUUCCCUCUCCUCUUCCUCCUCCUCCUCUUCCUCCUUCUCCUCCCACGCUCCGCUCAGCUGGACCUCCCCGCACGACCCCUGCUACCACCAAGAUGGCCGCCCCCGCCACUGCCUGCCGGAGUUCAUCAACGCCGCCUACGGCCUGCCGGUCAACGCCAGCCCCUGGCCGCGGGGGCCGGAGCCCGGGGGGGGCGUGGCCACGCUGACCGACCUGCACAACCCGCACAACCUCACCUGCUGGAGCGAGGGGCCGGGCGCCGGCGCCGGGGACCGCGUCCUCACGCUGCCGCUGGGCCGCCGCUUCGAGAUCACCUACAUCAGCCUGCAGUUCUGCGGCCGCGGGGAGCCGCCCGAGCCCCUGGCCGUGUCCAUCCUCAAGUCCAUGGACCACGGGCGCACCUGGAGGCCCAUGCAGCACUACGCCCACGACUGCGCCGGCGUCUUCCGGCUGCCCGCCCAGACGGCGGCCCGGACCCGGCACCAGGAGACGGAGCCGCUCUGCUCGGACCCGCGCCCCCUUCAGAGGCAGCGCGGCGGCGCCGUGCUGGCCUUCUCCGCCCUGGACGGGCGCCCGUCCGCCCCGGACUUCGACUACAGCCCCACCCUCCAGGACUGGGUGACGGCCACCGACAUCCGGGUGGUCUUCCACGGGGCGUCCCGACGGGGCGAGGGGGGCGAGAAAGAAGCGGCGGAGGACGGGACGGCGUGGCGAGACGUUCUGAAGUGGAGGCCGGACGACAAGGCGGACAGGCCGAGCGCGGACAACACGCUGGCGUUUUUCGACGGCGGGGCGAAAAGGUCGGCGACCAGAGGCGGGAGCAAGGAGAAGGGCGGGAAGGGCCACGGAAAAGGCUCGGGCCGAGACGAGGACGGCCACAACGCGACCAGCAAAGAAAGCGAGGACCGGUUCGGCGCCGACUCGCUGGUCCUGCCGAAGAGGGCCGCCAAGGGCCGCGGCCACGGGCGCCACCGGCCGUGCCCCGGCGGCGGCUGCAACUGGACGGUGGAGGGGCGGGGCCGGAGCGGCGGCAAAGGCCGGGAGCUGAGGAAGAGGAGGAACCACAACCCCAACCCGAACGCGCGGCAGGGCCCGGGGAGCCCGGGGCCGGCGCCAUCGGGCCUGGCGGCGCCCGCCCGGACGCCGCUGGCCAUCUCGGACCUGCAGGUGGGAGGGAGGUGCAAGUGCAACGGCCACGCCUCCCGGUGCCGGCGGGACGAGGCGGGCCGCGCCGUGUGCGUGUGCGAGCACCACACGGCCGGGCCCGACUGCGACGUGUGCGAGGACUUCUACCUGGACCGGCCCUGGCACCGGGCCACGCCCACCCAGCCCAACCCCUGCGUCGCCUGCGAGUGCAACGGCCACUCGGACAAGUGCCGCUUCAGCAUGGAGGUGUUCCAGCAGUCGGGCCGGCGCAGCGGCGGCGUGUGCCAGAAGUGUCGGCACCACACGGCCGGGCGCCACUGCCAGUACUGCCAGAGCGGCUACACCCGCGACCACAGCAAGCCGCUGCACCACCGCAAGGCCUGCCAGCCAUGUCAGUGCCAUCCUCUGGGGGCCGUCGGCCGCUGGUGCAACCAGACCUCCGGUCAGUGCCUGUGUCGAGAAGGGGUGACCGGCCCCAGGUGUAACCGCUGUGCCCCGGGAUACAAACAGGGCAAAUCUCCUCUGCGGCCAUGCAUAAAAAUCCAGGAGGUGGCUCCCACCCCAGUGUACCAACCUCAGUACAGCAUAGUGCUGAAGGUUCAGGUGCGGGGUAUGGAGCGCUCGGGUCCCUGGUGGCAGUUCUCCAUCGCCGUCCAGACCGUCUUCCGCUCCGGCUCCGGGUCGCGGGUCCGCCGGGGCUCCCAGGCCCUGUGGGUCCCCGACCGCGACCUGGGCUGCGGCUGCCCCGCCCUCCAGGUGGGCCGGACGUUCCUCCUGAUCGGCGCCGAGGAGGGCGAGCGCGGCUGGGGCCCCGGCGAGAGCCGGCUGGUGGCCGACCGCUCCACCCUGGCCCUCCAGUGGCGGGAACACUGGAGCCCCAAACUACGGGGCUUCCGGGGGCAGGACCGGAGGGGCCGCUGCCCCCCGAAGCCCCCCGUCGGCCACCGGCGCCGCGGGGAGCAGGCGAGGGCCCAGGCGGGGUACGUGCCCCCCCACCUGCUGACCCAGAAACGCAGCGAGCCUCGGCUGACCACGCCGGGGGCCACGGAGACGCCACAGUCUGCUUCUUCUUCUUCUGCUCUGGGUCUGGUGUGUUCAACCCCAAACCCAGACUGAAAACAAUAAGACACAACAGGGACACGGACUAGAGACUGGAGUCCGCCGUCCUUCUGCUGAACCUGAGCGAGAAGGCGGAGGGAAGGACAAACAUUUGUUCACACCACCUGAGGAGAUCACAACACAAACCGCACACAGAAAAAAAACGCACAACGCGGCUGCACGGAGCUGCUGCUGUGCGCGUGUCGCACCCAGUGUGAAAAUCUACCAUUUUUCCCAUUUUAAAAGUCAAGUCAGAACAGUCUCGCGGUUUUUCUUUGUCUUAUAGAUUUUUAAAUAAAUAUUGUUUGAGUCCUAUUUAUUUAUUUCCUGUACAGGGGGCGGUCUGAUAGUAAAAUGACAGGAUAAAUGGUUUGUGCAGGUUCACCGUGAUCAGAAUAGGAAAUCUUUUCCCCUCAAACUAGUGGAAAAAGCAACAUUUAGUUGCACUUUCCAUCAAAAGAUGGAGCAUUUUGACUUCUGUGUUCCUGACUGAAAUAAAGAGGAUUGUUAAUUAAAUGGCAAUAGCUGGAGAUCUGCUUUUUU